UGCACCAACGUUGUCAUCCUUUCCAAGCCUUUUUCCCGCUGCCCCGCACAGUAAGCGCAGUGUCGCGUCAAACCUCUAACUGAGUACGUCGGACGUCUGAGUACUGGUCGCCGCCCGUCAUCAGUCGCCGUACCGCGCAGCCACGUAAUCUCUUACCUUAUUAGUUUUUAGUAGUCGUUAGUAGGACAUCCAAUGGUUACGACUUAAUAUUAAACUACCCACAUUUGAAUAACAUAUAUUUAUAUUCAUACACACAUACACACACAACUAUCUCGUGCUACGAAAUAAAAGAAAAAACUAAACAGAUUCUCCACGCGUGUAUUUGUCAUUUGAAAAAAAAGUUAUGUCACAUUGUAAAAGCUAACCUUCCUAAGUCUAUUAAUCCUCCGAUAUUACUGUCAUUACAAAAAAGUAUAUUUUCCUUGUCACCGUAGACAGGGAGAGGAUAACUGUCUGAAGGAUUAACGUUGCGUACACGCGGCCCUUCCACCCUCUCUCGCGAUUAUAUAGACAACCGCGCGCACGUCGUGCCGUGCUUGACUGCAACCUCCAAAAAAUCAUGAACAGUUGUGCAUUGAAAAAAAGCUUUUGAUGUUAUCUUGAAAAUAAUUGGAAAAAAAAAACAGUAGUCAGGGAGAACAGUUAGAAGAACGGAGUGACAACUUCUAAAAGCACGUUCUCGAGUUAUAUUUAUUGUAAUAUAUUUACAGUGUGAACUCUAUUAUAUAUAUUACGAAUUCAUCUAUGGAAAGUCUUUCUUUAUAGUGUAUAGGUAUAUUUAUAUCUAAGCACUGAUGAUAUUAAUAUUAUAAAUAAAGAUUUAACCUCGUGUGGCUUGUUUGCAUAUAAGAGAUAAAAAAAAAAAAGUAUUAAUAUAUCUAGAGAAGACUUGAAGAAGCCAAUUAACAUGGAGCCACAGGGUCAAGAGAUUGUUGCCAGUGGAUCGAUGGCAGAGGUCCCCAACGAUCCAGGGAAAAUGUUCAUCGGUGGUCUAUCAUGGCAGACGAGUCCAGAAAGCCUCAGAGAAUAUUUUUCCAAUUUCGGAGAUAUCACAGAAGUCAUGGUCAUGAAAGAUCCCACAACGCGACGAUCAAGAGGAUUCGGUUUCAUUACAUUUGCUGAUCCAGCAAGUGUGGACAAAGUGUUAUCACAUGGCAACCAUGAGCUAGACGGAAAAAAGAUUGACCCUAAAGUAGCCUUUCCUAGGAGGACUCAUCCAAAGAUGGUGACAAGGACUAAAAAGAUUUUUGUCGGUGGCCUAUCAGCACCAACGACGCUCGAAGAUGUGAAAAAUUAUUUUGAACAGUUCGGCCCGAUUGAAGAUGCUAUGCUUAUGUUCGAUAAACAAACCAGCAGACACAGAGGUUUCGGCUUUGUGACAUUUCAAAGUGAAGAUGUAGUUGACAAAGUCUGUGAAAUUCACUUUCAUGAAAUUAACAACAAAAUGGUCGAAUGCAAAAAAGCGCAACCAAAAGAAGUGAUGCUCCCGGCAAAUUUGGCAAAGACGCGAGCAGCUGGCCGAGGUGCAUACGAUUUUAUGUGGUCUCUGGGAGCAUUACCUGAUGGUGAGUCAAAUACAUUUAUCCACAUCAACGGUUUUCCAGCAGCAUAUGCAGCAUACGCCGCGGGUCGUGGGUAUUCUGGAUAUCCCAGUUUCGGACUACCCUAUCCAGCAGUGGACAUCACCAAUGGACAACUUACACCUAACAACAACACGCCUCUGCUUACGCAAGCUCUUUCUGUGAUGAGCAACUACCAAGCUGCACAAGCAGGGUUUCCACCUGCCUCUCCACACGGUGCUGGUGGUCAUAGUGGUCCACAACGUUCGUUUCCAGCUGCUAACUCACCUGGACCAAUUGAUAUGUACAGUUCAAGUGCAGCGGCUGUCGCAGCAGCCGCAGCAGCCGACUCCGCAGUAGCUAGCUACGUACAGGCAGCAGCCAGUCCACAACCGCCGAAUACCGGAUUCCCCGCCAUCGCCGUAUCCCGUGCCCCGCUGAACUACAGUCCUGGUCCUUUGAUACCAGCAGCGUUUACGAAUGGAUACCAUUGAGUUUUGUUCCGAUGAGAAAGAUGGACGAAAAGGCAAAGAGUAGUACAACUAACGAGCAGCACGAAUAACUACAAGAUAAGAGGCGAUCUCAUUAAUUUAACCAGUGGUUGUCUGCAGUAUGACUAAAAUAAGAAAUGAGUCAUCAAAAUUUAUAAAAUAUUAUACAAGAUUAUAUUAUUUCAUAUUAUAUUCUAUAUAAAUAUAGUCAUAUAUUAUAAAUGAUUGAUGCGUGGGAAACGAAAUAUUUAAUAUGAAAAUCAGAUAGGUGUCAUAAUAGAUAAUGACGAUGGUAGAUCAUCUAUUAUUACUUUGAAAAACUUCCAACAGUCACAUAAGUGAAGUAGUCUAGCAUAGUAAAAUUGACGUAGAAAAAUAAAGAAUAUUAGGAAUCUCAAUGAGAAACAAUUUAGGAUAACUACGAAAAUUUUUCAUUGAAGAAGAAAUGGAAACUCAAUUUUAUAGUAAAAACAAAUGUAGAGAAAAUUAUGAUGAAAUAAAAAAAUAAUGAUUUCCUCUAAUUGCACCUAGAUGCUGGAGAAAAAUAAUUAUUUUAAGACUAAGCAAUAAAAAAACACCAUUUUGAAAUACAACUGAGAGGAGACCCACAAGAUGAGUCAGUAGCAAGACAACAAAGAAAAAGAAAUACAAAUAAAAUGAAUUCAAACUGAAUAAAAAUAAAUAAAUGAAUGAAUUAAUCAAUGCAUAUAUGAAUAAAUGAAUAAAAAAGUAAAUAAAUAAAUAGAUGAAUUAAUAAAUAUAUAAAUAAAUAAAAGAAUGAAUAAUAAAAAGAAUAUAUAAAUAUAAUAAUAAACAAAUAAAUAAAUGAAUAAAUAAAUAAAUAAAUAAAUAAAUGAAUAAAUAAAUAAAUAAAUAAAUAAAUGAAUAAAUAAAUAAAUAAAUAAAUGAAUCAAUAAAUGAAUAAAUAAAUACACAAAUAAAUAAAUGAAUAAAUAGAUAUAUAAAUAAAAAAAUAAACAGAUAAAUAAAUAAAUAAAUGAGUAAGUAAGUAAAUAAAUAAAUAAAUAAAUUGAUCAAAGAAUAAUUAAAAGAAUAAAUGAAUAAAUAAAAAAAUAGAUAUAUAAAUAAAUAAACAAAUGAAUAAAUAAAUAAAUAAAUAAAUAAACGAAUAAAUAAAUAAAUAAAUAAAUAAAUAAAUAAGUGGAUAAAUAAAUGAAUUACUAAAUAAAUCAUUAAAUUAAUUAAUCAAUCAAAUCAAUAAAUAAAUAUUUGAUAAAUAAACAAAUCGAAUGAAUAUAUGAAUGAAUAAUUAAAUAUGUAGAGCCUAGUGUUGAAGAAUGACUUGAUAAUGAAGAAUAAAAAAAAUGUGUAGUCAGCUCGGGUAUUAUCAUUUUCAUUUUUAUUACGUGACUUUUUCAAUAUAUUUUGCCAAAUCAACCUUUAAUAAAACAAAUGAAAUAACUUGAAAAACAAGGCAGUGCAGUACGAGAAAUAAUUCAUACUUUUAACUAUUAAUGACAGUAAAAAAAAAAAGUGAAUUCAACUAAAUUCAUGAUGGAACUGAUAUUUAUAGGGUUGUAUUACAUCUUCCUCAACUUGAUACUGAAACUAGUAUUUACGAAAAUGAGCAGCAGCAGACGUUAUUUAUCUUAAUUUUUCAUUUUUUAUCAGUUGUCUCACAAUGAUUCAAUUUUUUAUAUUUCGUUGAUAAUAAAGGUUUUAUGUAUCCCCAUGCUUAGAGUAAUUAGUGAAGUUAAAAACAGAUCAAUGGAGGCUGAUACCAUUGGAGUCGUCUCAAAAGAGAUCAAAUUGGUAAAUAACAUUCUCAGUGCUUUUCUAAAAGAAUUCAAUAUUAGUAAGAUAGUUAGCUGGCAUUAUAGGCGUCCGUUCAAAAACCUCUAGUUCGUUACCGAUUUCCAAGAUGUCUCAUUUCAAGUUUCAAGAAAAAUGAAGUAUCCUUAUCCCAGAUGAACAAGAAUAAUUGUUGAUUUUAUGACUAACACACUAUCUUUAGCUUAUAAAGAAAGGAAAUGAUUGUAGGAGUCUUAUUCACAUUCAAUUAAUUGUUAUAUAUUAGGUUAUGAAUCAAUCAACAAGACAUAAAAUAAUAAAAAUUGCUAACAUAGUGAUAACUUAGAAAUCUUGAACUUCUACUAUUUUAAAGUAGUUGUUACCGAAUGAUAAUGCUUCUAAACUUGCCAUAUAGCUACAAAACAUAGCAAUGACUCAAUAACAAGAGUUAUACUUUUUAGUUUUUUAAGCAAUUCGAAAGUUGUAUAAAAAAAGGACUAAAAUAAAAAAUUUAGAAUAGUAUUUAAUUCAAUAAUAUUUAUUUUUCGUUGACAGUAUUGAUCAUUUAUCAUUAUUUCCUACUGCGUAUCAGUAGAAUAAAGAAUUUAGUAUUAAUUUUUUUUUUUCAAAUAUGAUGAUUAUAAUAAAACCAGUUAUAUUAUAUAAAAACGAUGUGGGCGUUUGAAGACAAAGAGCCAGCAGCCAUUUUGUGUUCGACUUAUUAUGAAAUCAAAAAAAAAAAUAACGAUUGAAAAAAAAUGACAAGUAGAAAACUUGGCUAGGAUGUUCAACUUUCUGGUAAAUGGUGUCAAUUUACAGUAACGAUAGCAAUACUACGAAAUAUCAUAUGUUAAAAUUAUUAUAACAAAAAUACAUUAAGCAUUCGAAUAACGUAUUAACGAAAUAAAAUAAAAAAAGGUUAAACAAUAUAAAUAGUAAUUAUCAUUGCAAUAUAUAAUUGAUUAAAGUGAUUGAUUUUGAUUGGUUCGCAAAUAUAAUGAAAAAUAUAUUUUAUUGUAAGAAAAAACUUUAGAAUCUUCGUUGACUGAUUUCGAGCAAACACAUUGAGACUCAAAAUAAACGGAAAACGAUUUAAUAAAUUAAAGGUAAUAAGAAUAAAAGAAAGUCUAAUCCACAGCAAAUAGGUAAAGUAACCAAUACAAAUGUCAUAGCUUGCAUAUGUCUGCAUGAUUUAAUUUUCUUACUUUCUUAUAAAAUCAUAAAACAUGAAUUCAAGUAGUAAACUUGAAUUCUGAUUGCUUCAAAUAGUUAAAUGGAAUAAUGAACUCCCGAAAAUGAUUAAUAAAAUGAGUUUUUUUUUAUUGAAUAGCAUAAAACAUGCAUAAAAAUUGAAUUCAUCAGAAGAACAUAUGUGCAUGGGCCAUUUUACGUUACUUCAGAUAGUCUUGAUUCUGAGUGGCACUGAAUUAAUUCCUAAUUUCCUUCUUACUUAUACUCGGCGGUAAAACUCCACACCUUUUUUUUAACGAAUAAUCUUGAUUUUGAAGGUUCCGUAGAACGAUUAUAUUUUCGUUUUUCACGAGACUUUUUGUUCUUUUGCAAUAUUUAUCAAAUUGCUUGAUCAAAUCGGCUUUUGAGAUGGUCAUUUUGAUUUUUUUUUUUUUUUUUAAACGAUGGAACUUUUUGUUCAAAUAUAUGGGCCUUAAGAAAUUUUUCAUUUUCAUUUUAGAGCUAGGACCACAACCGAAAACUAAUGUACUAUGUUGACUAAGGUUUCGAGUUUCGUUGUUUUGAAAUAUUUUUCGAACCGACGAACCCAAUGGGUCAACAUUAAAUCAUAUUGACUUUUUUUUUUCCCAAAAACAAUCGUUAUAAUUUUCUUUCAUUUGUAAACCUUGUUGGAUUUAAUAUUAACAUUUUUUCACAGGGUCUAAUGGUUCAUAAUAGCCAAUCAAAUCGGCUGAGGUUUUAAUCAACGACGCUUUAUUAGUAGACAUGACGAUAUUUUUAUUUUUAUUCAUAAUAACGAACGCAAGUUGACAAAAGAAGAUUUUUAUUCUACUUGAAUUUACUCUAUGCUAGAACCUUACGUACAAAUUUUUUAUUGUUAUAUACAGAGCCGGGAAGUUCGUCUGUUAUUUCAGUUUGCCGUAAAUACCAUGGCAACAUGAUGAAAUAUAGUUUUUAAAAAAGACGAUCUGAACCUCGUACAUGGAAAAAACGGCCUCAAAAAAUAGCUUUAUUUUUUUUUGGCCUCUUGAAAAUGGCCUUUUAAAAUAGCCUCAUAUUUUUGGCCUCUUAAAAAUGGCCUUAUAUUUUUGGCCUUUUUAAAUGGCUUUAUGUUUUCGGCCUCUUCAAAAGGGACUUUUUUAAACUAAAAACGAAGCCAUUUUUAAACUAAAUGUAUAUAUAAUAUAUCUAAUAUAUUAAGAAUUAAAUAUAUUUAAAUAAAUAAUUUUUUAAACCAAAAAAAUAAGGCCAUUUUUAAAAGGCCAAAAACAUAUGGCCAUUUAAAAAGGCCAAAAAUAUAAGGCCAUUUUUAAGAGGCCAAAAAAAAUUAGGCCAUUUUUCUAUGUACUAGGUUCAGAUCGUCUUUUUUUUUAACUAUAUUUCACCAUGUUGCCAUGGUAUUUACUGCAAACUGAAAUAACAGACGAACUUUCCGGCUCUGGUUAUAUAUAAAAAUAAUUGUGGCAAAUGGCUUAGUAGUUAAUGAAUAUGAAAAUACAAUUUAUUUAGUUUCAUCAUUUUCUUUCACAUUUGCCAAAUGUAUUUUAAUUUAUUAUGGCAUUCAACACAAUUAUUUUGAUUCAUUUUGGCAAUUAAGCUGAAGACUUAAUUGAGAUUACUAAUUGAUGAACAUUUAUUUAUUUAACAAAUAAAUUACAUGCAUUCUAUUUGAUAUAAAAAUAAAAUACUAAUGAAGAGCAGUAGUUAAGGAAGAGAUCAAGCUAGGGGGAAUCGAUGUAGCUUACCAUUUCUAUUUUUCGGCUACGUUAAUUCCUUAGCUACAUUUUUUGAAACUACUGCUUGUUUUUAGACAUUUCAAUUUAUAAAAAUAAAUCAUAUGUAUUUUAUUUGAUAAAUAAAUAAAUGUGGAAGGUAAAGUACAAAGUCUUACCUUAGACUUUUAUUCAUUUAACAAAUAAAAUACAUGCAAUUUAUUUUAAUUCAUUGAUUUCCGUCACAGAUUUGUCUACCCUCAAAAAAAUGUAAACCGAUUAUGUACUACAUCAUCUAGUUAAACUUACAACUUCCGUUAGUAAUUGAAGUUUUUACAACCACAAAAGUAUUGAAUACAAUACUUACAAGCUUGCUGACUAUCAAGAAAACAAUGUUGAAGGAUGUUUUUAUCGAGAAGAACUGAGUCCAGUACGCUAUCGAGAUAUAGAUCUCGUCGAAAAAAUUUUAACAUAACGUAAGAAUAAGGUACAUGUAAGAUGGUAAAGUUUUGAUUCUGAACAUGAUACAUGGGAAAAUGAAUCAGAAUUAUAAAUAAUUAUACUUACAAUGUAUAAAGGUAUGAGAAUUUGUUAAUAAAAAAUUAUGACAAAAUGAAUUUUUCAAAUGUAAUUUAUCUAUUGAAUAUUGUGUAUAGGCUUAGACCAAUUUUCUAAUAAUACAACUUGAUUAUUUUCUCCAAUACAUUGCAAUGUUGAAACUUAUUUUUUAAUACUAUCCUUUAAUUCAAGGAAUUUUUUUUAUUACAAAAAUAAUAUUCAGCAUCUUUUUGGUAAGAAAACAGUAUAUUUAUUAUUUAUUUCGACUAGUCUUGCACCGGACUUUCUUUCACAGUAACUUUGAAUUUUUGUCACAACAUCUUUUGUCAAAUCUUUCAAUAAUUUAUAUUCUCUCGAAAGUCACUUAGUCUUGGUGUUUAUCAGUUUUAUGUAGCCAUAAAUCCACUGUAUUCAUUAUGAAUCUUCUGUAGAGCUGUUACUUUGUACUUUCUCUUAAACUUUAACUCAGACAUUUUUUUAAGAUCCAAUUUGCUCUCCAUUUCAGCAACGUUAUUAUUAGAUUGCGUUCUUACUUUUCCUUACAGUCUUGAUUUUCGAAUGAUAAAAUUUCACAAAAACUUCUCGUUUAUAUAGGAUAAUUACAAUAGAAUAGUGAAGAAGUACCCAUUUAAAUGACACGUAUUUAGAGUCAGCGAAUUCCCACGUGCAUAUCAAUUUUUUGCAAAUAGAAUUUAUUUUUCAUUAUAAACAAUUAAAUACUACUACAACAUUUUAUUAGUUUUUAAUUGAAAAUUACACGUAUUGAGCGUCAGAAAGUUUUUACCAAAAUUGAAUUUUGAAUAUAUUCAUACAUAAGACAUAAGCCAUGGGACAUGGGACAUGAAGCAUGAGUCAUAAGACAUGAAACAUGGGACAUGGCACUUGGAAAUUCAUACAUUCAAAUGAUAUAUUCAAACUUCUUUAUCAUCUCUGUUUUACCGACAGGGUUCCGGUCCUCCGUCUCCUCCGAUCUACCUUUCCUCUGACCGCCCGCUGGUCCAGAACUCUGGUUGUUAGACUACUGGCUCUGUCUAAAACUGCAUUCUCAAUUUCUUUUCUGUAUUUUGUUUGGAAUAUUUUCACCGUAUAAAAAAACGUCAAUGAACAGUGAUUCUGACGAACACUGUACAAACUUGACGCUUUUUCAGCUUAAAGAAACUGAUUUUUAUUUUUUUUUAGGGAAUUUCAAUUUCCUAUUGUUUUCGCUUUUCGUCUGGACCCCCCCCCCCCCCGAAAAUUUUCUAAGUACCUUAAUCUAAAUACGAUAAAUAUGGGGAACAUCAUUAAAUAUGAGGAAAAUAUAGAAAAAUCACUGAAUAUAAAGAAAAAAACGAUAAAUAUGGGAUAAUAUCAGUGAAUAUGAACGAAAAGCUACUGAAUAUAAAGAAAAAACUGAUAAAUAUGGAAAAAUAUCAGUAAAUAUGAAGAAAAAGUCGCUGUAUAUAAAGAAAAACCGAUAAAUAUAGAAAAAUAUCAGUAAAUCUAAAGAAAAAAGCGCUGAAUAUAAAGACAACUUUGAUAAUUAUGAGAAAAUAUCAGGAAAAUAUGAGUAAAUAUCAAUGAAAACUUACUGAAUACAAAGAAAAAUAGGAUAAAUAUGGGAAAUAUCAGUAAAUAUUUAGUGAAAAUCACGGAAUAUGAAGAAAAAUAUGAUACAUAUGGGAAAAUAUCAGUAAAUAUAAAGGAAAAUGUAGACAAAAAUAGAAAAAUAUCAAAGAAGAUCAGGGAAUAUAAAGAAAAAACGAUAAAUAUGGGAUCAGUAAAUAUAAAAGAAAAUGUAGAAAAAAAUAGGUUAAUAACAAAGAAAAAUCAGUAAAUAUAAGAAAAAUUACGAUAAAUAUAGGAACAUAUUAAUUAACUUCUCCUCCUCCCCCCCCCCUUCAAUCAUAGUAGAUCCCUCGAAAGUGUCUUAAUUAAUCUAAACACGAUGAAAUGGGAAAAUAUCGGGGAAACAUCAGUAAACAUAAAGGAAAAUAUAGAAAAAUAUAGCAAAGUAUUAUGGAAAAAUCACUGAAUAUAACGAAAAAUAUUAUAAAUAUGGAAAAAUAUGAAAAAAAACCACUGAAUAUAUAAAAAAAAAUAUGAUUUCAAUUAUGUUACCCUCUCUUAAUAUGCGAAUGGAAAUCUAAGAGAAAUUAUCAAAUAAAUCACAAAAAAAAACAAAAAAAUGAAAUGACAAGUUUAAAAAAAAACAGAAGAAAAUAAUACAAUAUAUGUGACCUAAGAUAUAAUAAUGUGGAGAAUAAUCAGAAUCCAUUUUAGUCAAAUUAAAAACAACAUAUAAUAACCAAAAAUUAAUGACAUAAAAAUAAAAACAAAAUUAAUGCAACAACAUCACAUCAUCAAUAGAAAAAAAAAAAACAUCUAUCAUUUUUAACCAAUUUAAGAACAGAUACAACGAAAUUUUUGAAAUCAUAAGCCAAUAAAAUCGAAAUGGGUAAAAGAAAACAAGAUGGGAACAAUCCAAAAAUGAAGAAAAAAAAUAAAACUGAGUGAUAAAAACACAAAAAAAAAUACAUUGAUAAAUAAGAAAAUUAAAAAAAUAACAGAUUUAAAAUUAAACACAAUAUGGUAAGUCAAAAAUUAGAAAUGAAUAUAAAUGACGUAAAAAAUUAAAUCAAAAAUUCAAUACAGUGAUACAAUUCGAGCACGAAUUAUAAAUAAAAGUGAAAUAAAGGAAUGGAAAAACGAACGAGGAACUGGUAAAAAAUUUACGAUGGAUGUAUGUGAUGAGAGUGACAAAAUAAGAUGUAUUUUUUUUUUGGAGAAGCUGCAAAUGAAGAUCAUGGAUUGAUUGAGGUACCGUUAUCAAUAAAAUGUACAAAGCGAAAAGGAAAAUUAUUAACAUAUGAU